AUCAACUUUCAAAUAACCAACUUCAUUCACGACAUGGCCUCUCAUCAUCCUCAUCCAUCUCACCCUCACUAUGCUCUUCGUCCCGUUGUCGGUCCUCCCGUCGGUGCUGCUCCCGCUCCUCCUCCACAGAGGAUCACUGAAUUAUUAGAUUGCGUUAAACAAGAAUAUGAUAGUCUUCAAACUGAAGCUCAACACCUCAAAUCUCAAACCCAAGAGUUCGAAUCACAUGUGGGUACAUGCACCUCGGAUCUUACUCAACUUAGGGAACAACUUUAUCAACUAGAACGAGAACAUCAAAAACUCAAAACUCAAUACGAUGAAGAGCUACGUCGACUUCAUCUUGAACUCGAGCAACGCGGCACGUCAGGUCCUGCUGGCCCUAUCUCUCACGAUUCUCGCGGACCUCCCAAUCUUCCCAGUUCAGCUACUGCGCCACCACCCUCAAAUUCCUUUGGUGGCAUUGUAAACGCUAGUGGUCCUGUCAGCACUCCCACCGGUACUCAUGGUAGCCACGUCUCCUCCAUUCCUAAUAACUCUAAUCCAUCCGGACCGAUCAUGCAUAUCGAGGGAAACUUCCCUUCUAGAGAAAGAGAAGGACUCUAUGCUAAUGGAUCUUCUCAACGUGAAGGAAUCCUUUCAGAACAUCCUAAUAAACGAAUUCGUACUGAACGUGAUCGGGAAAAUGAAAUCGAUCCUCGUCAUCCUGGUUCAGCGAUUUGUCAUGUCCCAUCAGGUGGAGUGGCUAGCCCACCUGUGUUACCCAAUGCAGCUGCACGUGCUCCUGAUCCGAAACCCAAACUUAAAACCAACGAAGCUCCAUACUCGAAGUUGAGCGUUUCUACUCCGCCACACAUGUAUGGCAAUUCUUAUCACCAACGUGGCGAAGGACAUCCUCCCAGUGCCUCUCAUCAUCUCUCCGGUCCAUCUGCUUUACCUCCACCAGUUGGUGCCUCCAACCCACCACCUUCUACGGCUCCUUCGGGUACACCAGGGCCACCACCUACGCCUGGGGGCAAUGCAAACGUCUUGCUAGAUCUCGAUCCCGAUACGCUUCCUAGUAGUAUGAAGAAGGAAGGUGGCGAUUGGAUGACAAUGUUCAAUCCUAAAGUCAAGCGAGUUUUGGAUGUAGGAUUAGUACAUACUUUAGUACACGAUAGUGUGGUUUGUUGUGUCAAGUUUUCUCCGGAUGGACUUAUCUUGGCUACAGGUUGCAAUCGACAUACAACGCUAUACAGUACACGUACAGGUUCUAAGAUUUGUACACUUUUGGAUGAGAGUCAUAAUACCAAGGCAGAUAAUUAUAUUCGGAGUGCUUCAUUUAGUCCAGAUGGAAAAUACCUUGCCACUGGAUCUGAAGAUCGCAUCAUUCGAAUUUGGGAAGUAGCCAAACGAAGGAUUGUGAAUCGAUUUCAAGGUCACAAAUCCGAAAUUUACUCACUUGCCUUCUCGCCUGAUGGGUCAAUAUUGGUAUCCGGUUCAGGUGAUAAGACUGCACGAAUUUGGGAUAUGGAACAAGGAUUAUGUACAUUUCAUUUAUUAAUUGAAGAUAUCACUGUGACUGAGAAUGGACCAGUAGAUGCAGGAGUGACAUCAGUUUGUGUAUCACCAGAUGGAACACUUUUAGCAGCUGGAUCAUUAGAUACAGUCGUUAGACUUUGGGAUACAUCAACAGGACAUUUAUUAGAUAAAUUAAAAGGACAUAAAGAUAGUGUUUAUAGUGUUGCGUUUUCACCAGAUGGGAAAUUUUUGGUUUCAGGUAGUUUAGAUAAAACUUUAAAAUUAUGGGAUUUAGCUACACUUAAUCGAAAUAACAUGGUAAAUGCUUCAUUAGUAAAAAGAGAAGAUGGUGAGAAUGGUGAAAAAGUUACAACAGAUAGAGGGUUUGAUUCUUCUAGAGCUUCUACUGUUUGUACUACAACACUUACUGGUCAUAAAGAUUAUGUUUUAUCAGUAGCUGUUUCGCCUGAUGGAGCUUGGAUCAUGUCAGGUUCUAAAGAUAGAGGUGUACAAGUUUGGGAUCCCAAGACUGGGAUGGCACAAUUUAUGUUACAAGGACAUCGUAAUUCAGUGAUCUCAAUUGCAGUUUCUGAAGUUGGUGGACUCUUGGCAACUGGUAGUGGGGAUUGGAAUGCAAGGAUUUGGUCGUAUGAAGCUAUUGCAGAUCGAGAAUGUGUGUAAGAGAAAGAAAGAAUGUAGAAAAGGAUUAGAUUAUAAUAAAGCAGAUCAAGAAUCAGAAUCAGAAUCCAAAAAAAAUAAAUCAUCAUCAUCAUCAUCAUCAUUGAUUGUCUUGUGUGUGUUUUUUGUUUGAUUUGAAUAAGUUUGUGUGUGUGUAUGGGGUGGAGGAUUCGAGUUGAAAAAAGUGGUUGAUUUUUUUCUUUGGAAAUGAUGAUGAUAAUUUUGGAAUGUUUUUGUUUUUGUUUUUUUCUUUUGGUGGAUUGAUUGAUUGAUUGUUGAAUGGUUUGGGUUUUAGAUAGAGAUACUUUGAUCUGAUUGAGUUUGGUAUACAUACAUAAGCAAAUUUUUUUAUUAUUUGAUUUCUUGCUUGCUAGUAUAAUUUAAGUGAUGGGUUUUAUUUUGAUUCAGGUUAUUUGAGUAUAUACUGAUUGAAAAGAAAAAGAUUGUUUAAAGAAAGAAAUCAUUUGGUUACGUAUUUA